CACCGCGGGCGACAAAAAUUCACUGUCAAGCGGUGUUGAAAACCGAACACAAAAUGCCGCCGGCAAGAGCUUCAAAACGCCUCAGAUCAAAGGAGAAACCGCCUGAGAAAACCCCCAAAUGCGAUUCAAAACCUUCUCCGAGGGAACUGCGAAAGAAAAGCUUCGUAGUUCAAAAGCGAGCUCUGGAGUCAACAAAGAAAGACGAGUGUGUCGUUGAUAAGUCCAUCCCAAAUGAAAGGAAGUCCGUAGGCAAGACCUCAGACCCAACGACUGAUAAAACUGAACACAAAUACGUACCUCCAUUCUCUAAAAUUGAUCGUAAAGACAAGUCGGAGGACGCAACACGUUCCGGGAAAUCACCAAGAUUAAGUAAAAGGCAGAGGGAUAAUUUCUUCUUGGAAACUGAGGAGAAAUCCACGGUCGACCGCUGGGCGACUGUAGAACCCGACGAAACUUCUCAGCGAGAUCCCGGAAGCAAAAAGGGUGUGAGUGAGGAGAUCGGUCAAGCAAUACGGGAAAAGAGCCGUGUAAAGCCGAAGCUCCAGAAUCCUGAUGUAACAAAAAGCAUGCAAAAUGCCAUUUCAAAAGGCACCGAAGACAAUCACAUCUUACCUGAUAAACCCCUUAAUGUACUGGAAAUUGAGCCAGACUUGAUUGCUGAUGUGAGACUGUGCAUGGAUACCAUCUUAAGUCUAUUGGAUGCCAAAGCAUUUGCUGAGAACAUCUCCCACGCUUCCCAAGAGACAGAAUCUUCAAUUGGGAAGUUGAAGGAUUUUCAAAUCUCUGUCGAGAAAGCUGAAGGUAUGCUGAUAGAGCUGCCUCAUUCACCAUGCUUAGAUGAAGAAGAAGCAAGCAAGACUCCUCUCAACCCAGGGGGUUUGUCUCUAUUUCCUCAACAUUUGCUUAAAGAACAUGCAAAAUCAGGAAACUCUAAGUCUAAGAUAUGCCUUAGUGCAGUUGAAGAUGACCAGUUGCUGGGUGUCAUUCCUUGUGCGGAAGAAUUCAAAGGAGAGCCACAAGAACAAGGUCAUCAGAUGGAUGGAUGUGCUACACAAGAUGGCAAACAUGUAUCACAUGGUGGAGAAGAAAAUGAUUUCAUGCCACAAGCAGGUAUUGAGAACUGUGAGGAAGGAAAGCCUCUCAUACAAAAAGGUCACAAGAUGGAGUCCUCUAAUGGAUAUGAUAGUGUACAAGCAGAAGAUACAAACCUUGUGCAAUGUGCAAUUGACAUGGAACAACAAAUAAAAAUUGAUGAAAGCAAGGGGAAGCAUGAGAUGGCUGAACCAGGAAGUGCACUCACACCAGAAGGCCGUAUCUCCACCAAACAUGCAGGCACUGGAGUGGACUGUUCAGAUCAGGAGAAAAAACAGGUAGUCAUAUCAGGAAACAUGCUAGGCUUCAGUAAGCCAGAAGACAAGAUGACUCUAUUUGAAUCAAUCCAAAGAAGCUUGAAAAAUGACAUCCAGAAGCGAAGAAGCCAUCAGAGUGAAGGAGAUAGCCACUCAAGCCACCUGCUAAAAGGGGCAGCAAACAAAAUAGAAGGUUCAUCAACAUUUUGUGAUAAAUGCGAUGGACAAGGUACAGAGGGUGGCCAUGGACUAUUGAAUAAAACCAGUAAGAUUCAGAAGCCUGCCAAUGAUGUCACAUUAGGUUUAGCCAAGGAGAGCAGGACACCUAUAAGACAUCCGCCAGAUAAAGAUGAUGACCACGAUGACAGAAAUGUGGUACCCAGAGACAUGGAGAUGGAAGAUUUAGAGUAUUUCAUGGACUGUACAGAUUCUCAGCUUGUUGAUGUGGAAACAAUUGAUUACUCUUGUUAUGCUGUUGCCAAUAGUUUUGGGGUGACUGAUUCUACCCAAACAAGUAAAUGUGAAGCAUUUGAUGCAGAACUAAUAGAUGGAACAGAACAGAUGACUGCAUUAAAGCAGGAGCUUUCCUCUCUCAGGAACUAUGUGAUGUCUGCCUGGAGAGGAUUUCAAAUAAUGAAGCGGAACAACAAAGUACAUGGACUCUGCAAGCCACAACUACCACAGCUCUGAUCACCACUAGGUGUCCUUGUUAACCAGUCUAGCCCUGGAUGGUCUCCCAUAAGCAACGACGUUUUGUCAAAAAAGGGAACUGUAUACAUAGCUAGCAAACAGUAUAGGUUUUGAAUGCAAAUGAACUUGCAGAACAUUAAAAACUUAAAAAUGGUUUUGGCAAGCAAAAAAAUCUGCUAUACCCAAUUCUAUGCCCCCCCCCCCCCCCAAAAAAAAGGUAGUAUCUUAUGUAAUCUGUCCAUUUCCAAGAGAAAAAGAAGUAUUAGCUAUCUGUUGUGUUUUAAUAGUUAAAGAUAUUAUAUCAUUGAAAUGUUGGGUUUUGACAGUUUUUAUGAAAUUGUAGUUGAGAAGAUGUGCAGUACUUGUUGGCAAAAGUGAAUAAAACAAACUUCUAGUCAAA